CGUUACCGAAAUCGGCGCUCCCCAUUUAAAAAUCUCCCCCACUUCGCUUCAUCCUCCUCUACUCAACCCCUUAACAAACUAGCCGUUGCUCUGACUCUCCCUCUCCCCCCCUCUAAUGGCUGCCACUUCGCUAGAUUCCCCAAAAUCUGCCCUCAUCAAGGAUGGCACAGCGAUUGGAGCUUCUCCUUCCCCUUCGUCUUCCUCUCCUCUGUUCAGUCCCUCCUCCGACAAGCGAUUCUGGAGCACUCUCCGCGGUCGGAUGGACAUGCUCCUCGAGAGCCGGGAGACGAAAUUACCGUCCGGCUCCGGCCCUGUGCUGCCGACCCAGAUUAGCGUUGGAAGUUCGGAGCGGGCGAAGCGGCUGAAGGAGGACUCGAUGCUUCUGCUGAGGGGGUUCGACUCGGUAGCCAACACAUUGUCUCAGUUGUCUGACAAUAUCGACAAUGCCCUUCAAGGAGCUAGAGAUCUAGCCAAACCACCGACGUUGACUGAUAUAUACCACAGCAAUCUGAGAAACACAGAAAGCACCACCGAUGCUGUGAAGGAGCAUGUUAAGGAGGACGAACAGGGCGCGAAAUUUUUAAAGAGGAAGUUUGAUUCCAGCAGUUGCCAUGAUGAUCAACACGAUGACUCGGGCAAGGAAGUUGCUCGGGGCCAGAAAAUGGCAAAGAUGACUAGAGCCAAAAAUCUUGCUAUAUCAAUGGCAACAAAAGCAGCUUCACUUGCCAGGGAACUCAAGUCGAUGAAAUCAGUCUUAAACUUCGUACAGGAACGAUGUGCCUUGCUCGAGGAAGAGAACAGAAGGAUUCGAGAUGGAUUAUCUAAUGGGAUCCAGCCUGAGGAAGAUGAUUUGGUGAGGCUUCAGCUGGAAACACUGCUAGCUGAGAAAUCGAGACUUGCAAAUGAGAAUGCAAACUUGAUUCGAGAAAACCAAUGCCUCAAUCAGCUGGUCACAUAUCAUCAGCUAAACUCGCAGGAUCUUUCUGCAUCUUAUGAGGAAUUUAUUCAUGGAAUGUGCUUAGACUUCUCAUCUCCAACAUCACCCAUAGCAGAAGAUGAUGAGGAGAGAGCUCUUCGUGGGUCCUCUCCAAAGGAUAUCUUUGGUAUCUCUGCUUCCUCGAUGAACUGUUCGAGCAGGAGCAGCAGCAACAGCAUGCAGAGCAAUCACAGGCAGGCUAAUCACUGCUGUCAGAUUUUCGUUGAAUGUUAACAAAUAAGACUUUAUCCUGUUUCCCUCGAGUUAGAUGAAUAGUGUAAUAUUUUUCUACAUGGGUAGAAUAAGAUGAUGAAAAAAAAAUAUCCUUUUGUUCGGAAAACUCGUGCAAUCUCAUAUUCUCAUGCAUUCUUGAGAAUUUGCUUAUUCUGAUUCUAGUGUACAAAUAUUAUGAAGAAAAAACUUGAGUAUAAA